UUUUGAAAUAACUGCAGAAGUUGAAGGAGGGCCAAAGUGUAAAAAUAUAGAAUUUGUGAUAAUACCAAGUACAAAAUAUGGUGUUGAUCAUAUUUUAUUAUUCAAAUAAAUUAAUAAAAGAAAUUUCUAAAGACAGGCCAUAGCCCAUGCGGCCGAGAUGGCUCACAAACUUAGAAGGGAAAGACCAAUGCCUAGAGUCUCAUCCACUGGGCCACGUCCUUGGAUAGCGGCAAAAUCGUCAAACGGCAAAAACAUUUUCUGUUCACUGGGGAAAGCUAAAAUCAACACUCACGGCCAAGGCAACGAGCAUCCUCGCCUGAAAAUGGCAAUAACAACGUUCCAUCAUCAUCGUCCAUUCCCUCUAUUAACAACCAAAUCACAACCGUCCGUUCGACCAAAGUUUUCUUGUUCCGCUCUUCACUACUCGAGCAAGUGCAGGAGGGAGUAUACAAGCGUAAUGAUAGUCCCGACUGGAGUGGGGGCCGUCAUUGGUGGAUUCGCCGGUGAUGCUUUACCUGUUGCUCGUGCUUUGUCAUCCGUCGUAGAUUGCCUUAUCACACAUCCUAAUGUGCUUAAUGCUGCCAUGCUAUAUUGGCCUAUGUCGAACGUGUUAUAUGUUGAAGGUUAUGCUCUUGACCGUUUUGCGCAAGGUUUAUGGGCUCUUCAACCUGUUCACCAAAAUAAGGUAGGCUUGGUUCUUGACAAGGGAAUAGAGGAGGAGCUUCGAAUUCGGCAUUUGCAAGUUGCUGAUGCGACUAGAGCUUCCCUUGGAUUGCCUGUUGUUGAGUAUAUUAUAACUGAUACCCCAUUAGAGGUGGAAAAAUGGGUUGAUCCCAAGAGUGGUCAAUCAACUGGCAGGAUUAAGAAUCCUAGUUCACUGUUAAGGGCUGUGCAGACUUUAGUUGUCCAAUCUCAAGUGAAUGCCAUUGCUGUUGUUGGACGCUUUCCAGAUGAUGAUAUUGACGACAUUGAUGAUUAUCGUCAGGGAAUGGGAAUAGACGUAUUGGCAGGAGUAGAAGCAGUUAUAAGUCAUCUCGUGGUCAAGGAAUUCCAGAUUCCUUGUGCACAUGCUCCUGCGAUGCAACCACUUCCCUUGACCCCAUCUCUUUGUCCCAAAUCAGCUGCUGAGGAGAUAGGAUACACUUUCUUGCCCUGUGUACUUGCUGGGCUGAGUAGAGCACCGCAAUAUUUGGUGAACAACUCCCAGUUCUCAGAAAAAGGUUGCCUAUUAGCUUCUGAUGUUGAUAGUGUUGUUCUUCCAGUAGAUGCUUGUGGUGGAGAUGGUGCUCUUGCUUUUGCAAGAAGUAAACAACACAAGCCACUUAUAAUUACCGUAGAGGAAAACGUAACAGUUCUCAAUAGUACACCAGAUAAACUUGGGAUCGAAGCGGUCACAGUUUCAAACUACUGGGAAGCAAUUGGCAUUAUUGCAGCUCAUAAGGCAGGAAUAGAUCCACAUUCUCUCCGAAGAAACAGAAUUGGCAACCUUCAAUGCACUUCUGUUGCGCCAGCUAAUGGGUUUGUAGUUUCAUCCACAACAUGAUUUAAGAAGUCUGCCAUUGAUUUGUUUCUUGCUAAAUUCCAUAUCUAAUGCUCAUCAUUCUGCACACCAGGGCAUAGUAUAGUGAUAAGUACAUAUACGACUUGACGAUAUAUAUAUAUUCGAAUCCUCUUCCCCAAUAUUCCAAAGAAAAAAAAAAAAGCUCACCUUUCUAGAAUCAUGACAGCUAUAGUUCAGAGCACUAAAUGAAAAGUUUUGAGCAUUGUUCUUUCGAUCAACAAUAAAGUAAACGUAUCAAUGCAUCAAUAUGUUAUUUAUUUAUUAUUAUUAUGAUUAUAAAUUCA